UUGAGUCCCGCCCAUGGCCGCUUCCCUCGCCUUUUUCAUGGCGGCGUUUCCGGUUCUUCGGCCGGCAUUCGGCGCAAGGGGUGGCUGGGAAUCGUAGUUUGAGCCGCCGAACCGGCUGGAGCGGGAGCCGAAGGUGUUACGUCGCUUUCUCCGCGGCUCGCACUGGCGGAAGAGCGGCCGGAGGAGCAGGAGCGGCGGCCGGAGGAAGCCACUAAGCGGAGGGAUGGAAGCCGCUGCUUGGCGCCAGGGAGGGCGCGGGAGAGGCAGGGGCCGGGCUGCAACCGGCGGGGUCUCUUUGGGGAACGGACCCGGCGGGCGGGGAAAGGCGAGAGGAGCGGGAGGGUUGCCGGCCAGCGCAGGGGGAGCCCAUGAACUUGCAUCACAGAAAAAGUUCGACGAAAUUAAGAAGGCUAAUCAAGCUGCAGUUAAGAGACUUGUUGAAAAUCAAUUUAGUUCCUCAUCCGAUGAUGAAGGUGAUGAUGAAGAAGAAGAAAUUGAAGGAAAGCACGGACAAAUCUUGGCCAAAACGUUUACAAAAUAUACUAAUCAGACUGAUGGAGAUGCAAGUGAAUUGGAGCGUACAAAGCAGUAUAUGAAUGACGCCUUUCAAUCUGGGGCACUGACGUGUCUGAUUUGCAUUGCUUCAAUUAAGAGAAACCAAGCGGUCUGGAGUUGCUCUGGAUGUUUCUGCAUAUUUCACAUGCCGUGCCUACAAAAGUGGGCGAAGGAUAGCCUUUUCUUAGUAUCUUCUCCUCUGACAGAUGAUGAUUUUGGAAAGAAAGAUUAUCCAUGGCCAUGUCCAAAAUGCAGGUUUGAAUACAGGCGAUCUGAGAUUCCUACUCGAUACUACUGCUAUUGCGGGAAGACUGAAGAUCCACCUCUCGACCCCUGGCUGGUUCCACAUUCCUGUGGCCAGGUCUGUGAGAGAGAUUUCAAACCUUCUUGUGGACACAGGUGUCUAUUGCUUUGCCAUCCAGGUCCAUGUCCACCUUGCCCAAAGAUGGUCGUAAUAACUUGCUACUGCAAAAAGGCCAGGGCGGUGCCGCGGAGAUGCAGCAUGAAAGAAUGGUCGUGUCAACUGCCCUGUGGACGAAAAUUGCCCUGUGGGCAGCACAACUGUGGGAACCCUUGUCAUCCAGGAGAUUGCCAAUCAUGUCCAAGAGUCAGUAAACAAAGUUGUGUCUGUGGUAAACAAAUAGCAGAAAGGCAGUGUGCAAGCCCUUUAUGGCAAUGUGAUGAGAUUUGUGGCCGAACCUUGUCUUGUGGCUAUCAUGUCUGCGAACAAAUUUGUCAUGGUGGCUCCUGUGGAGAAUGUCCCAGAUCUGGGAAAAGGUCUUGUCCUUGUGGAAAAUCAAAAUUUUCUUUGCCGUGUACUGAAGACGUGCCUACUUGCGGAGAUAGUUGCGACAAAGUCCUUGAAUGUGAGAUCCAUAGAUGUUCACAACGCUGCCAUCGAGGUCCUUGUGAAAUCUGUAGACAGGAAGUUGAAAAGCAGUGUCGAUGUGGGAAGCAUAUGAAGCAAAUGCCCUGCCAUAAACCAUACCUCUGUGACACCAAAUGUACAAAAAUACGGGAUUGUCAGAAACACCAGUGCAAGAGAAAGUGUUGUCCUGGAAAUUGUCCGUCAUGUGACCAAGUCUGUGGUCGAACGUUGGGAUGUCGUAAUCACAAGUGUCCUUCAGUCUGCCACAGAGGCGGCUGCUAUCCAUGCCCUGAAACGGUGGAUGUGAAGUGCAAUUGUGGUAAAACUGUUCUCAAAGUACCCUGUGGGAGAGAACGUACCACCAAGCCCCCCCGAUGCAAAGAAUUCUGCAGGCAGCCACCAACUUGCCAUCAUCCUUCUCGAGAGAAACACAGUUGCCAUUUCGGCCCUUGCCCUCCUUGCCACCAGAUCUGUAAGAAAGUUUUUGAAAAGUGCGGUCACUUAUGCCUCGCUUCUUGCCAUGAUGAAGCACUUGUAAAGCAAACUGGCUUGCAUCAGCCCGCAGGCCCCUGGGAACAGCCCACCACACCUGCUUUUAUUCAGACAGCAUUGCCUUGCCCUCCAUGCGAAGUCCCUAUACCAACGCAAUGCUUUGGAAAACACGAGAUAAACCCAUUGCCGUGUCAUACUGCAGGGCCAUAUUCCUGUAAAAGAAUCUGUGGAAGGUGGCUGGAUUGCCAGAAUCAUACUUGCCUGAAAGAAUGCCACACAGUUUCUGAAAAAGAUGCCAACAGUGAUAGGCAAAAGGCAGGUCCAGAAUGUUCUCAGUGUGAAGAAGGAUGUUCCAAGCCACGACCAGCUGGGUGCUCUCAUGCGUGCCCUUUGCCAUGCCAUCCCGGAGAAUGUCCGGCAUGUGCCCAAAUGAUCCGAAUAAAAUGUCACUGCAAACUGACAAGCCUGUACAUUGAAUGCAUAAAAAUCACUAAUGCUACUGCAGAAGUGAAAGAAGAGCUGUGUUCAUGCAAAAACCAGUGCCCCAAGGAGCUACCUUGUGGCCAUCGGUGUAAAGAGAUAUGUCACCUAGGGGAGUGUUGUCAGAAUUGCAAUCAGAAAGUUAAGAUCCGUUGUCCUUGUAAGAGACUCAAAAAGGAACUUCUGUGCAGUGAAGUUCGCGAAGGUCAGUGUUCCUUAGAAUGUGAUGCGGUAUGCAAAGAAAUGAAACGGAAAGCUUCUGAGAUUAAGGAAGCAGAGGCUAGAGCUGCCAUCGAAGAGGAAAAACGGAGACAGCAGGCAGAACUGGAGGCUUUUGAAAAUAGGUUGAAAGGACGUCGGAAGAAUAAGAGGAAAAAGGACGAGAUCGAAGUUGAACAACCUUUAUGGCAAAAGUAUAAGAAUGUGAUUCUGCUGCCAGUCUGUGGAAUUAUUGUCUUAAUGGUUGCCUGGUUCCUAGCAUACAAUAAUUGAAGUCUUAAAAUUACUUCCGCAUGCUUCGAUGUAAAGAAUUGAUAAAAUGGUCUGUGUUCUAUAUUGAGAAUUAAUGGUCAUUGAUGGUGUUUUUCAGUAAUUUCACUGUUUAUUGAUAGAACAAAACCUAUUUCAGUUUUUACCUCAAAAUCACUUCAAAAUACUUUGUGAUGAUCGUACCAUACUCAUUCCUAGGCAAAUAUGCCAAGUUCUUUAAAAUGUUUACAUAAGAUUAAUCACGUAUUGCUUCUCUGACAUUAUUUUGUUUCAGGUUAGCUGAGGGUUGCUAGUGAUUAGUUAUUUUGAAAGGUGUUCACAAGAAUGAUCUCUUGGUGAUUUAAACAUUAUAUGUUAAAAGUUAGUUUAGUACACUUGCACAGUCCUGCAAGUGGGUUUAGCAGCUAGCUAAAUGAAAUUUUGGAAUUUAUAUUUUACAUUUAGUUAAUUAAUAUAAGUCCUCGAAGGAAAACCUGAAGCUGUAUAGCAAUUCUAAUUAUACUUUGUCGAAGGUUGUUUAUUUUUAAAAAAUGUACUUUAAGCAUUCUGAGCUCUAAGAUCCAUUCUUGUUAAUUAUAUAAUCCAGUAGCAGCUCUUUCUGUAUUAGAUAAUUUCUACUGUGAUUUAGUCUAUGUAAAUGGCUUUUUCUUUAGAUUUAGCGUCUUCAGCUGAAAGACUUCCAAACCAUAGUAUUUAAGGCUAAUAUCUCUGCCCCACUAAAUAAACUCUUUUCAAAAUGAAAAUGUACUUUAAAUAAAUUAUUAUCUCUG